AUGCAAGACAAUCUCAAAGCCCAGCUUACAUGGCUGAAACGAGAUAAACCAUAUGAGCCUAACCGCAACCUCUUAGAGCGCAUUUUGAGAGCAGAGACCGCGGAUAAAAGACAAAAACUUUGGGGGCGGUCCGAGGAGGUGAUAGGUUCUCAGCAAGCUGUAGUCGAACUCACGGCAGAUCUCAAGAAAAGAACACAGGUGGCAGCUUCUAAGGCUGGGGCCGUCACGUACCAAAGUGGUGGCGUAAGUACAGGUUCCAGUACAGUUGAAGAAAACGGCACACAGCGGCCCGGAAUCUCACUCUCCCAUCCAAGCGCCAUUCGCUCAUCCCACAGAGUGUCAGUAUCCACACAACUAUCACAGAAACCAACCUCACUUCCCGCGACAUCAUAUGUUGAUUCGGGAAGUCUCAGUAUGCAUCAAGCUUCAGACGAAGUGCGGGGCAGAAUACGAAGAACUUCGAAUCAGAGCUCUAACUCUGGCGACAUGUUAUCUUUACAAGACAAUAUUAUCCGCCUUUUGCAAAAUCAAGCCAGUCUACUGAACAAAAAAUGCUCCAUCAUUGAAUCUACAUCACUGUCGGCCGACUCUAAAAGCUUGCAGCUCAAAUCAGAGGUUAAUCCUCACUUAGAGCAGUUAGAGAAACGACUUCAAGACUUAGGGUCUUUGCUAGAGUCGUUGAAAAAAGAAUCAUCAGCUACGCAUGAUACUUCACACAAAGUUCAGCCUUCAUCUCUACCAAGGGCACUCGCGAACAGUUCUUCUGUAGAGGUGACUGUAAACAAAAUCAACGCUCCGAGAACACUUCAUGGAAAUUCUGUACAAACAAAUUUCACUGAACAAGAUCUCAUAACCGUGUUAGACGAGGAUGAAGAGGAGGAAGAUCUUCAGGUAUUGGCGCAAUUGAGUAACCAAGUGUUACAAACUUCCUCGCGCAAAACUGGGCGCGUGCGAACAUUACGGAAGCAUCGCGAUGUUAAUUACAGAAUCCCAGAAUUAGAUGACAGUUUGAACUACAACAUGAGGAGAGUUUCUCAAAGCCAACAAUCGAACAAUGAUGCCCAUGACACAACGAUGGAGGCCGAACCGGAAGACUCACAGUAUCUGCUGACCGCUGAAGAGGAUAAUGAUGAGGUAAGGUCCAGUGAUCGGGAAUUUGUAGAGGAUGGAAUUGAUAACUUUUUGGAGGAAAGUGAUGACGAUGACUAUCAAGGGACUAUAAACGCAAGAAAGGACAUUGCAUCCGAAGCUGACGGCCACAGAGGGCCAUCCCAUCCAAUUCACGAUGUUGUUGACCUACCUAAUAUUGAAGUUAUUGGUUCCUCGCCCAUUAAUCAUAUGCCGGAUGUAUCUUCUAGAAUUCACUCACCGCCGACCCCGGAGGUCGAUUUACUGGAAACACAUUCUCAAGAAGUACCCGAAUUUGAUACAAUAAGUGAAAGUAUUCAACAAACGUUUCCGAAUGACUUUCACAAAGAUGCCCCUCGGCAGGCGCUAGGUGGAUCACAGCAGCAGCAGAAAUGUUACGAUGAAACAUUCACACAUAGUGAUUCGGAGGAUUUUGAUGAUUUUGAUGCUGAAAGAGAAUAUUUAACUCAGGGAGCCGAUUUAAGGGAGCUGGACGAUGAUCUAAAGAUUAUCUCGGAACAAAAACUAGACAACUCACACGGUGCACUUUUCCAGGUCAAGGAAGAAGCCAUAAGCAUCGACUUGAUCGGUGGAAAUGAUGAAGGAAAUUUUCAUUCUGAACGCAAUGUUAAUGUACCGGCCUCAACCGGGCCCGAAGGCAUCGAAACAACGGGACCCCGAUAUGAAUGGUCGAAGGAAGUUCAUCAUAGACUCAAACACGUCUUUGAAUUGCCGGGAUUUCGUCCUAACCAACUGGAGGCUAUCAAUGCGACCUUGGCGGGGAAGGAUGUGUUCGUUUUGAUGCCAACUGGAGGUGGCAAGUCUCUGUGCUACCAACUGCCUGCAGUGGUUAAGUCAGGUACUACCUGCGGCACGACGGUUGUCAUAUCCCCUCUGAUAUCUUUGAUGCAAGAUCAGGUUGCACAUUUAUUGGCAAAAAAUAUCAAAGCUUGCAUGUUUAGCUCGAAAGGAACAGCGGACCAAAGGCGCCAGACGUUCAAUUUGUUCACCAACGGGUUGCUAGACCUAAUUUACAUAUCUCCAGAAAUGAUUAGUGCUUCUGAACAAUGCAAAAGAGCAAUAAACAAGCUUUAUAACGAUGGUAAGUUGGCUCGCAUCGUAGUGGAUGAAGCGCACUGCGUUUCUAACUGGGGACACGACUUUAGGCCGGACUAUAAACAAUUGAAGUAUUUCAAGGACCAGUAUCCCGAUAUUCCAAUGAUUGCGUUGACUGCGACUGCUAGUGAGCAGGUGCGGCUUGAUGUAGUUCACAACUUGCGUUUAGACAAACCUGUGUUUCUGAAGCAGAGUUUCAAUAGGACAAACUUGUUUUACCAAGUCCUCAAAAAAGGCAAGAAUGCGGUUUUUGAAAUGUGCGAUUCUGUGAAAACUCGCUUCAAGAAUCAAACAGGUAUAAUAUACUGUCAUUCUAAGAACUCGUGUGAGCAAACUGCCUCGCUCAUGCAGAAAGCUGGUGUUAAUUGUGCGUAUUAUCAUGCAGGGAUGGAACCAGAUGAAAGAAAUCAAGUCCAGCAGGCGUGGCAAAACGAUAAUAUCCGCGUUAUCUGUGCAACAGUGGCUUUCGGCAUGGGCAUAGACAAGCCAGAUGUCCGAUUUGUGUACCACCUUACGGUUCCUAGAACCUUAGAAGGGUACUAUCAAGAAACGGGACGUGCUGGUAGAGAUGGGAAAUACUCUUAUUGCAUUAUGUACUACACCUUUCGAGACGUUCGCACAAUUCAAACGAUGAUUCAAAAGGAUAAGAAUCUUGAUCGAGACAACAAAGAUAAGCAUCUAACAAAACUUCAGCAGGUCAUGCAGUACUGUGAAAAUGCAACUGAUUGUCGAAGGCAACUUGUUUUAUCAUAUUUUAACGAGGAGUUCAAAUCUACUCUAUGCCAGAGUAAUUGUGACAAUUGUCGAAACAGUGCCAAUACCACAACGGAGGAGAGAGACAUUACUGUCGAUGCUAUCGAUAUAAUAAAGCUGGUUAACUCGAUCCAAGAUGAUAAAGUUACCCUUAUACAUUGCCAGGAUGUCUACAAAGGUUCUCGUAACUCGAAAAUCGUUCAAGCGAAUCACGAUAAACUACCAUUCCAUGGCCUCGGAAAGAACAUGUCAAAGUCCGAGAUUGAGAGGAUCUUUUUCCGACUUGUCACAACUCAAGUACUCCAAGAGUAUUCAGUUAUGACAGGUAAAGGGUUUGCUUCUAAUUACGUUAAGGCGGGUCCCAAGUCCCGACAGGUACUGAGCGGUAGAUUAAAGGUUUCAAUGCAGUUUGUUACAUCAACUAUCGAUGCAUCAAGGAACUCCCCAGCACCGCCGAUUUUGAAUAAUCUACAAACCGUUUCAAAAGACUCAACCGACAGGAGAAGGGCAAUUUCAAUCGAAACCGCCAAGAUUUCGAUGAAUGGAACGCCGGUGUUGAAGCAAUUUGCUUACGAACAUACAAAUCCCCGAGCGAGAUCCCCAUCUGAGCACACUGCCAUCAUAUUAGAUGAUAAUAUUAGCAAUCUAUCUCCUCAAGAGCAGCUCUGCAUUACAAAUGCCUAUCAAGAGCUUAAGCAGAGAGCCAUUGAGUUGGCCAGAAAUCAAAAUUACCCCAGUUACACUAGCAUCAUAUCUGAGCAAGCUCUAAAGAGAGCAGCAUUUUCCGUACCACAAAAUGAGAAUGACUUUGUCAUCCUUCCCAACUUAGGAGACUCUCAAAAGCGCAACUACCAUCACUUCAAAGACCUAUUUGAAAUUUUGAGGUUACAACGGGAUUCAUUACUAAGAAAAGCAUCACAUCUUCCUUCCGAGACUACAAAUGUAUCUCCUUGGUUUCAGACCCCCAAUUUUGAAGAAACGCCCGAAACUCAACAGCGCGACGAAGAGAUUUUAAGGCAAAUCAGAAGCUCAACUACUGCGGAAGCUUAUUCAGGUGUCUUGUCCCAAAAGCCCAAGAAUAGUCAAACAAAGCCCAAGCGGGGCAAAAAGGCCAAGUGGCCACCUAAAAACUGGGCAAGAAGAUGA